AUGGUGACAGGUUCAUUCCCACGCGUUCUGGUCAAGAUCUUCAGGCCAGUUUCAGUCUACUGCAUGAAGAUGGCUCUCCAGCCACGCCGUCAAAACAGAAGAAGCGCACCCCCCACGGAGAGCUUCAUUUCCAAAAGAGCGGAAGAAGCGAAUCGCACGUUUUCAACACUGCUUCGCGCCGAGCUGUUUGAGGGCUCAGUACCACAGGCAACUCCGCCAACGCUCUCUCCAGAGCAUUCUCUCUCUACAGCUUCACAUUCGGUCAAUCUACAUGAUGGUACAAGGUCACGCACACCGCCGAACAACGGUUCCGCCGCCUCCCUUCCAUCCACGUUGACUCCUUCAACUCCCCAUAAAAACCUGUUCUCUUACAUGUCCCCACGGCAACUCAGCAACGCAGGCCAUCUUACACCAUCAAGGACGCCACAGAGCCGACACGGUCCGAACCUAGACACCCGCUCUGAGAUUUACAGUCUCUCUCCCGUCCGCUUCAACAGCCAACAGAUGCUGCUUAGCCCGCGUCGACAGCCUCGGGCAGUGAGCAAAGUGCCUUACAAAGUGCUAGAUGCUCCGGACUUGGCAGACGACUUUUACCUGAACCUCGUUGACUGGGGCAGCGCCAAUGUACUCGGAGUUGGUCUCGGAUCCAGCGUCUACAUGUGGAAUGCUCAGACAAGCAGAGUAAACAAGUUGUGCACGCUUGAGGAUGAUACCGUCACUAGCGUGUCAUGGAUUCAAAAAGGAACGCACAUCGCUAUUGGUACAGGGAAAGGCUUGGUUCAGAUUUGGGAUGCGGAGAAGACGCGACGGCUGAGAACGAUGACAGGCCACACGGCCAGAGUAGGCUCGCUGGCAUGGAACACCCACAUCUUGACAUCAGGCUCUCGCGACCGCCUCAUCUACCACCGAGACGUCCGCGCUCCUGACCAAUGGCUGCGGAAACUCGUGGGCCAUAAACAGGAAGUGUGCGGUCUCAAGUGGAACUGCGAAGAUGGCCAGCUGGCCAGCGGUGGGAAUGACAACAAACUCAUGGUAUGGGACAAGCUUUCGGAUACACCUCUGUGGAAGUUUUCAGACCACACUGCUGCCGUGAAGGCCAUUGCAUGGUCACCGCAUCAAAGGGGACUCCUGGCGUCUGGGGGAGGAACGGCUGACCGCAGAAUCAUCUUUCACGAUACUGUCCGCGGGUCGGUUAUCAACGAAGUCGACACGGGAAGCCAAGUAUGCAAUAUUGCGUGGUCUAAGAACUCAAACGAGAUCGUGUCAACUCAUGGCUAUAGCCAGAACCAGAUUGUGGUCUGGAAGUACCCGUCGAUGACGCAAGUUGUUAGUCUCACCGGCCACACAUACCGUGUCCUGUAUCUUGCCAUGAGCCCAGACGGCCGAGUUGUCGUGACGGGUGCCGGCGACGAGACACUGAGGUUCUGGAAUGUCUUUGGUCGACGACCAGGAGCUCGAGAGGAUAGCGACGGAGGGCGACUUGCAGACUGGGGCAUCAUACGGUAG